CCCAGGAUCUGUUCGAAUUGCUAGAGAAACUACAAACAAGUCGACUAGACGACCAGAGGUGUGUUUUGCCACCAGUUCCAAAUUCAUCACGGAAGAAGAAAAGCGAUCAAGACCUGUUGAAUGAGUUUCUUCGUCAUCCUCAACCAUACCCAAUGAUAGUUAUUCCUCCAUCAGGCGGCUAUUGGGUUGAUGGCACAAACCACGAAUACCAACUGGACUCGGAGGGAAACUCUGUUACCCCUGAGUACAUGUGGUCUCCUCGACUUGAGCUUGAUGAUACCCCAAGUAUUUACCGCAAGAUAUUUCUGGGCACAGAUCACUUCAACUUCACUGCCAUUGAUCCUAACGUUGGACACUUAGUGAUGUCAUUAAAAGUAGAAAAUAAAGCAGAAAAUGGUCGUGUCUGGAUUCUACUAAGAACAAGACGAGGUUUGUUACAUGAUAUUCUACCAAGCAGUUUAUUGGGAGAAAACUUCAGUGCAGGCCAGCUUGCCAAGCUUCUUUGCGAUCAGAUUAUAACAGAAAGAUUCCAACCAGUAACAUUUCCAAAGGCUUCAGAAAUGCUCACUGCUUAUGAUGAGCACGUUUUGGUCAAUACUUUCAAAUUUGGUGUCAUUUACCAAAGGCAUGCCCAGACAACUGAAGAAGAGCUGUUUGGGAAUGUUAGUCACAGUCCUGCUAUGGAUGAAUUUCUAAAUAUGUUAGGACACCACAUCAAACUAAAGGAUUUCCAGGGCUUUCGAGGUGGUCUUGACACCCAUUAUGGCCAGACUGGCAAAGAGUCCAUAUAUACCCAGUUUCAAGGGUGUGAAAUCAUGUUUCAUGUCUCUACACUUCUUCCCUACACUGAAGGGGAUACUCAACAGCUUCAAAGAAAGAGACACAUUGGGAAUGACAUUGUAGCCAUUAUAUUCCAGGACUCCAACACUCCUUUUUCCCCCACCAUUAUAGCGUCUAAUUUUCUACAUGCUUAUAUUGUUGUUGAGGCUCUUGAACCUGAGUCACCUCAGACAAGAUACAAGGUUUCAGUUACAGCAAAAGACGAUGUUCCAUUUUUUGGUCCACCUCUACCACAGCCUGCUGUUUUUACCAAAGGAAAUCGGUUUCGAGAAUUUCUUCUUGCUAAGCUUAUCAAUGCCGAGCAUGCAUGCUACAAGUCAGAAAAGUUUGCGAAACUGGAGGAUCGAACAAGAACCUCUCUUCUACAAUCCCUCCAUGAUGGUCUUGUACAGAAGACUCAAGAAUUCUGUGGAACAGGACCCUGUUUUGAAAACAACAAAACUGAUGUUAAUGGUACAAGCUCACGUUUCUUUGACUCUGUUCGGAAGGCCUUGACUGGAAGAUCCAGAAGUCAGUCGAUAGAGUCCAAUCUUUCCAAUGUUACACCUAAACGGUCCUCAACUAGUGUUAGUAGUAGUAACACAACAUUUGGGGACUUAACUCCUACAAGUAUCAAAGGUUCAGGUUCAAUAAAGUAUUGGUAUCAGAGAUCCCCUUCCCAAGGAUCUACACACAGUCGAAACAAUGACAGCAUAUCUGUUGGAGCCCAAGAGAGAUCAGGCAGUGGACCUAACACACCAAUGUCAAGCCCCGAGACCCCACCUCUGGCACAGCACGUUGCCUGCGAGUCUGACUCAUCCAGUAUCAACAGUCUGGAGUUAGAACGUACUUCCGCAAAUUCAGAAGACUCUUGUAGAGGUGCUGAUAGUGGGAAUUUGAACACCGUCCAGUCUUGUUCUGUUUGCACAGAGAGCUGUAGGUCACAGAGGCCCAGUUGUCAAGCUAUGCAAAAGCAGAUUGAAUCCCUGAAAUUGGAAGUAGUUAAGCUGAAAACAGAUAAACUAGAGCUUCUCAGGCAAAAUAUGACUAGCCAGCGAGAUGUAAAGAAGUUAAAAGAAAAAGAGGUACGACUAACUACAGAACUUUCCUUGACCAAACGGGAACUGUUCAGGUUACAAGCAGCACACACUGAAGCAUUAGCUAGCAUUUAAUUCUCCAGUCACUACUGUAGUUGUCGUUAACAUAGUAUGUGAUCUGUGCCAAGUGAAGUAGAAGGCCCGAGCACUGCUACGUCAGGAUAAGCAAGUAAAAGGACAGUUAAGACGAAUUACAGCUGCAGUGUCAGUAUUGGUGUCAAGCAGACUGCAGGACUUAUUCUGAAUAAGAUCCAGAUGUUUGCAGUAUUAGUGUUCUAAUAGUCACUGUCUAGGUGUCUCACUGAAGGUUUGAAAGUGAGUCUUUUCAACAAGGUUUAGAUGGAGUUUCUCCUGUUAAUGUCUUGUAGUUAACUCUACUAAAGUCAAGUAAACAUUGUUCCCAUAACACUUGUUUUAGACAAGUUAAAAAUAAUCUCUAGUUUCUGAUCACAGAAUACAUGAGAAAGUCAUUUGUAUCUUAAAUGAGUGACACUAUCUUCACCAGUUAUUCUGAUUUAUAUGCUAUAAAAUAGCAUAUUCCACUGAAUAAAUACAGCUCGAAAAUCAAAUAUUUUAUAAAUUAAACAGCCACAUACAGGACAGAAUAUGAACUUGUGGUAGGCCUACCACAAAUUUAGUACUGAACAUGACAAAGUGUUUAAAGUACAAGGAUGAAGGGGGGGGGGCAAUUUUAACAGGCUUUUGUUUUAAAUAUGAAAUACUGGUGUGAGUGUCGAUAAGAAACUAAAGAUUAUUUUGAAAUAACCUUAGAAAAGGAGUAAUUUAGGAGUUCUUCAUUAAGUUUUGUGAUCAUACACUAUCAAACAGACACAGAUUUGCAAAGGUACUUUUUCAUAUCACAGCCCCAAUGUACACCAGUGCAAGUUGAACUGAUAUGGAAACUUCCAACAUAUAAUACCUACUUCCUUUAACUCUGCCGUUACAACUACUUCAGGGCAGAGACGUUAUACCACAGCAAUUAUCUGUAUCAUACUAUUUUAUAUCUCUAAUACUGAAAAACUGCUUUGGAUGAUGUCAUUUCCUUCCAGCAGAAACAAAAAUGAUUAGUAACUUCAUAAUGAUGCAUAUUCAGAUAUUGGUAGCAAUAAAAAUUAAAGUAUAAGAAAACGCAUCAAAGAAACUGUUUUGCUCUAUGCUGAAGAUAUGAAUUUUGGGCAACAGUUUAAAUGCACAAGAAAAACUAAAGCUGUCAGUUGUUUUGCAGUUGUUGUUUUUUUUAAUCUGCCUCGUAUAUAAUUAGCCUUAUAUAUCUCAAUAUUUUCCAUCAAUGUGUGUGUUACAUGUCAAUCAUAAAAUGAUCUCUUUUUUUUUUGGAAGAUUUUGAUAUAGUUCCUGUUUCCUUGCAAGUUAAUUAUUUACGUGUAGUGCAAAUAAUUAUUUUCAGAUAGCAUACACAGAGGUAAAAAUGUAGUAUGAAAAAAAAAAAAACGUAAGUUGGUCCAAAUUAAUAUUAUUAACUACAACCAUUAAAGAAAAUGCAUCAUUUACGCAUUUUUUUUAACAGUCUGAGUAAGACAGUCCUAAAUUUUUCCAGUCAAUCUUCUCCAUUGAAAAAUUAUGAUAAAAGAAGAAAACAAAAUACCCAAAAAUACAAAAUACUACUGUUAACAACAAAAAAAAACACUUCAGAUUUUCCAUUUUUACUUGCUUGAAAUUACAGUCGUGAUAUAUUUUCGUCAAGCUUAGUGAAUGAAUCGUGCAAAUAAAUUACCAACAUUCAAAGAUUAUUAUCUAUCAGUCUGCAAACUCAUGUUUAUAGUCUAAUACUAGUUUAUCUUAACAUCAGUUAUACAGAAAAAGAUCUUGAGCCCAAAGGCUGAUAGGAGCCACCUUUGGCCCUAAAAUUUAUUCAUGUAUGUAAAAAGAAACAUUUCGUGUACUGAAGCUAGAACUUAUAGUUUCGUGCUGUUUUGAUCAUAUUUUAAUUAUGUUUUGUUUGUUUCAUUAACAGGCUUAUACAAAAACCGAUUAAUAGAUAUAAAAAUCCACAACCUAUGUUAAAAUGUGAAGAUGGAUGUAAUGUUUAUUAUGCACUUUUCAAGUAAUGGUAAUUAGUUAUUCCAAAGAUUACAUUAUGUAAUGUCAUGUGUGAGUUGAAGGAAAUGAUGAUAUAAUUUAUUAGCAGAUGUACUUUAACAAAAUUCAAUGUUAAACAUACAUAUAAAACACAAGGAAAUGGAGACAGCAGUGCUUGUUUAUAUGCCACUUCUUUAGCUUACAGUACAACAGUUACUACCUUUCCUCCCACACUGUUAUAACCAAGAUGGUAAAUAUUACAUGGUUUUUAAUUGGAUUUCAAAGUUAUAAACCUAACACUUUGAAUAAAAUGAUGUUAAAAAACUUCAAUUAAAACAUUUUCUUUUAAUUAAGCCAUUCUAAAUUUUCCAUCAUUUUUUUGUCAGAAACCUAUAUUUACAUAUAUAUUAAACCUGUAAAACUCUUACAAUCCCAGAAACUUCUGACAAUGUUUUAUUUUAAAGAUCCUGGAGGAAUUUUAUUACUGAAAUAUUGGUAUAUUCUUUUCAAAGUAAAUGCUCUACUAUCUAACUAAAAACUAGUUUUAUUUUCAAACCAAAUUUAUGAUUUGUCAGGUUUUGAAUAUGGGCUGGGAUUCUUUUAUAGUAGGUGUCUGUGACUUGUUGGCAAUAAAUGUCAACAAUAAACAGACAGUACACAGUCCACUUGUUUUAAAAUAAAAUAUUCCAAAAAAGUUAAACGUAUGUACUAAACUUUGUUACACUAAUGUUUAUCACAAUUGUAGCUAAAGCUUUAAAUAAUUCUCAGUUAUUUUAGAACCCAAUUGACAAGACAAAUUAUUUUUCUUCACUUUGUAUUUUACUGCGCAAUCCGCGAUAAAUUCACUUAUGUUACCCUGUGUGUUACCACAGUUGCAUCCAGAACUUUAGAUAAUUGUCUCCCUUUUUGUCAAAGUCCACACAGGUGUGUUCAAUUACCUUAGAACCCCAUUCACAAACUGAAUUACAUUCCUUUAUUACAAUACCACUGUGAAACACACUUUAAAUAUUGCCCAUCAUGGCUAAACUAACAAUCAUAACUUCUUUAGAAAUUGCUCAUCGUGGCUAAACUGCCAAUCACUCAGUCUAGAUCUGUAUUAAUUAUCUCUCACUUAACUUGCUUUCUUUCUGUAUCUGCACAUAUUUUUAACACGCAAUAGAAAAAUCUAGCCCACUAGUGACAAAAUAUUACACAUAAUGAGAAAACAUAGAAGCUUUGAGUAAGAUAACAUCAACAGUAUUAUAAAAACCUAGUGCAAUAAUUAAACUACAUACACAACGUACGACUCAUAAGGAGCUAUGUAACAAAACGUUUUAUAACUAUUGCUUUUAAAAUAAUUAACUUUUAACACUCUUGUUAUGAAAACUAAAUAAUAACUCUUAAACUAAACAGUCUUGUAUAUUUAACACCAUUGCUUCCAUACUAUUAGCUUAUCCACAGUUGGUCUUAGCAGCAUCUGUUUUCAAAUGUAAAUAUAUUUUUGGCUUUACGUUAUGAAAAGAGUGUCUACUUGUUCAUUAAUUAAAGCAUGGGAACAGGAUGGUCAAUAAAAAUCAGUUAAAUUACCAUAAAUAAGUGAGCUAUUAUCACUAAGUCUACACUAAUAUGUUGUGUUUGUUCCAUGUUAUAUUUUGACAACCAGAUGGUCACACUGUGGAUUAGUUACUCUUACAAAGUUGCUAAUAACUAUUUAUGGUCAAGUUAUGGAAAGCAUUCCAUGUAUGCUGUACAUUACAAAAGUAUUCUAAGCUCAUGCACAUUAACACGUACGUUUCUGGUUACUUAGAUACCACAACGUUGUCUCACAAAUGUUUAGCUUUAAGUUCAGAGGUCUUAUUUCCUAACAAUUAUACAAAGCUUGUAAUCGUACCACAAGUACACUAACAGCUUGAUCUGAUUGGCAUUUUACCUUCUUACAAAUGAGUUAUACAAUUAAAACCGUUAUCUCGAUUCUGUACUACAUUAAUCUAAAAAAGCUGGCUGCAAGUGUGUGUAAUGAAAUUCAACAACAAUUAAUUUAUAUUUAAUAUAAACAAUUGAUAUUAUUAUUUAAGGUUGAAUUUGAAAUGUAAAGUUGUGUUUUAAAGAAUGCCAAAUAUUUCCUCAGAAAGUAAUAGUUCAGCAAGCAUGUAAUUUGACUUUCCAGCAGAUCUGAGGAAAUCCUCCCUGGCAUUUUGUGGCUGUGAAACAUAUACAGGAGGUUUAUUUCCACAGGGCUGAGAGAGCUCCCUUAAACUCAAAUCCCCUCCCCCUAGAUGUUUUGCAAAUUUGAUGUUUGCAUUUACAGAUUACAACUUUUGGUGUGGAAAAGAUAGGUGCCCUUAAAAAUGUACCAUUUUAGAUUUACUUGUAAAAACUUCUGGAGAAUACAACCACAUCAGUCACUAAAACCACUACAUACUUCUACCCCACCACUGACACCAGAUUUUCUCCUCGAACUUGUGCCAGUGUGAUCAUUACACUGAAAACAUAAAGUACAACAAGAAAUAAUUCCGUCAUCAGAAAGAUACGCCUAAAAUUAUUUUCCUUCAAUUUACUAAUUUUUCCUGUGAGUAACGGAACACAUUCGUACGUUAUAUAAAAAUAAAACUGCUUCCAAAUAACUCGAGUAUUUAAUGUUACAACCACCUCACCUUCCCUAAUAUGAGGCAUCAAUUACUUAAGUUUAAUGGACUGGUCUGACAAACCAAGUCAUUAAAACCAAAUUUCAACUAGAUGUAGUAACAUAAAAGAAGAUAAGAUUAGGUUCCACCAGUUGUCAUUUGCUAUAAUAAAAUAGCAAUGUGAAAUAUUGUGAUUGGCUUGCUAGGAGUUUGGUGCCACCACAGAGUUAAUUUUCUAGUCAGGUUCACCAAGUAAGUGUGACACUAACAUGCUGUUUAAACAGUAAAUUUCUAAUAAACUGGUAAUAUAACAUGUUUGAUCUAUACAUUUGAUUUGUGGGUAUUAAAUGUAUAUACUGGCAAGAGCACUUUAAUUCCCAUAGAUCAAAUAUGUCAAUGUCUCCUUUACCAAAAGGUAAACUACAGUGUGUUCUUUGUGAACGUCAUAUUCUAAAAAAAAUGUAUUCAUUCUCUGGCUUUAUUGGAGAUGGAGUAUUUUUUUAAACACGAAUAGUUAGACCUUAACAUUAACUUUUUAAGAGCUGCAUUUUUCAGUACAACAUAAGUCUGACACUAGUCACAUUGUUUACUACAAGUUAAGUAAACGCCCAACUUAUAAAAAAAUCACAAUCAUUAUCUUGUCACAUAUAUGAUGUUAAUAGCACUUGUCAUGUUGUGUGGUCAAAACAUAUUCUGGAAAGUUUGGGAUGUAUUUUGAUGUAUCUAUUGCUUAGCCUUAAAUCAUGUGGUAGAAAUUUGAAUGAUUAUUCAAAAAACAAGAAAAGUGGACUUUUUUUUUUCAUGGAUUAUUUAAGAUGCAGAUAAUUUAUUGCUUAAUUUUGUCUUUUCCUAUUUAUUGGACUACUAUUUUUCUUUCUGUGCAGUCCUGAAAUCUAUACACAUGGGAAAUAAAGAAGCUCUUUCUGUUAUAUGAAAAAAAUUUUAUGUUGUUAUAAACUUAAGUGGUUGGCUAACUUUUACAUGUUGGUGGUGGGAGGGAAAGGCAGUGUAGGAAACAAUCGUAUAUAAACAGUUGGAAGAAGUUUCUGAAUUAGAAUAUUUUCAAAAACAUCUGAUGUUUCAAUGUUUACAAGGCGAUCCUCUAAGUUUUACAAAUUAUAGACAGUUACAACAGUAAAAUAUUGUGUAUAUAUUCAUUCACAUGUGUAAUGAAUUGUACAGUUUUUGUUUAAAUUAGUCUGCAUACUAGUUU